AUGGCCAGGGUGACCACACUGCACCUGCAGGAGCUGCCCUCUGAUCUGCUGGGGACAGGACGACUGGGGCUCUCUGGGAGCAUGGUGGGGGAGAGGGGAGCCCUGAUCCUGAGCAAUGCCAUGGGGCUUCGGCUGCCCAGGAGUGGAAAUGCAGGAGCUUUCCAGUUGCCAGAGAGUGUGAAGGAGGACUCAUUCAACGUGCUGGACCUGGCGGAGUACACCAAGAACCGGCCCUGGUGGCGCAAGGUCUUUGCCCCCAGCUCAGGCUCCAGCGCCGAGAAAUACAAUGUGGCCACGCAGCUGGUGAUCGGAGGGGUCACGGGAUGGUGUACUGGAUUCAUCUUCCAGAAAGUUGGAAAGCUGGCAGCGACAGCAGUGGGAGGUGGCUUUUUCCUACUUCAGAUUGCAAACCACACGGGAUACAUCAAAGUGGACUGGAAGCUAGUAGAACGGGACGUGAACAAAGCCAAGCAGCAGCUGAAAUUUCACAGCAGUGGUAACAAAGUGUCUCCAGAAGUGAAAAGCAAAGUGGAUGAGGUGAUCAUAUUUCUGAAGAAGAAUGUUAUCCUGACUGGAGGAUUUGCAGGAGGAUUCCUGCUCGGAAUGGCAUCCUAG